AUGUCAGCAGCUGAACUACAGUCUAUGAGGACAGAACUGGAAAGGCUACGCAAAGCUGAAUGUGUGGAAGCUAACAAGACUGCUGAAGUCCAAAAGAAAAUAGAAUCCAGAAAACUAGCUGCUCACAGAUUGUCCCAAGAGACAGAGGAGGAAGAGUCUUCCCAACCCUCCUCUCCUAAGCGCAUCAGGAGGAACCCACCUACUGAUCUCAUUGACGAUGACCUAGAUGAAGAUGAGGAGGUUCUAGCAAGAAGUCUACCUCCUGUUGUCAACUCUAAGUCUAGAUCUAGACGUAUUGACUCUGAUGAAGAGGACCAGGACCAGGACCAGAGCCAGGAGACAGAAAGUCAUGACAAAAAUAAAGAAAGUGUUUCAAAUACUGAGGAUAAUCAGGAAAGCAGAGGGGAGAAUGGAGAGGAGGGCAAUAAUAAUGGCAUAAGUAUUAAUGAAGAGGGACCACCUACUGGCAAGCGCAAGAGAUCUCCCAAUGGCACCAGAAAGGAGCAAGUCACUUUGUCUAUACUGGAGAAGAGCAUCAGAGAUCUUGCUAUAGCAGGACAUGAUUAUCUACGCAUGUAUAUUGCAACUCAAAACACUUUUCCUGACAGCACCACAAAAGCUUCUUUCUCCUGGAAGCGUUUGGAGGAAGCUGUAGCUUCACGCAAGGAACUAAAACAACUUAUGGAGCAAGAGUCUAAGGUGGUGAAGACCAAAGAGAUGCUCAUAGACUACAUGUGGAAGGGCGUCUCAUCUAUGAGAGGGAACGGGAUGAAGAGGGACGAUAUUGUGGAGGCAGUUGAGUGGAUGCUAAAGGAUCUUAAGAAAGUGCGAAAGGGAGGUGAAGGCGAAGAUGACAUUUCUUUGCCUUUAUUUCUGGUGACUUGGACAUCAAGGAGAAGGCUCCAAGGUGGACUGAUGAAAAUGAGGGAAGAGAUGUACCAGAAUGUUCUGGAAGAAUCUAAUAUGACCUAUCUUCUUCAUAUAGAGGAUGAUGGUGAAGGUGAAGGUGGGAAUGGUAGACAGGAGGGUAAGAUUGAUGUAGAUUAUGAUGCACUAGAAGUGUCUGCAGCUUGA